GGAUGCUGCGAAGGUUUUGCAGUGGCGAGAGGAAGAAAAAGCAGCAUGCAGGAGAAAUGAUGUGUCUUCCAAUGAGAAGGACAAGUACAUGCUGACCUUAUUUGAAAUGAAUAAAUGCCAGUCAGCUUCUGCAGCCUCAACAGGAUCUGAUGACAGCAGGACUGAACUAAGUGUACUGGCUGCCAAGGUAACAAGGCUGGAAAACCAGUACGGCUUUGUGCGAUCUUCAGAGGACAGCAGUCAGUACAGAGAACAGCUGACAUCAGCUGUUGUCAGCAAACGCAAGCUGGUGCUGGAGCAGAUGAGAUCAGUGGCUGCAGAAAGAAGCUACAGUCUGAUGCAGCUGGCAGAAGCUCGUGGCCAGGAAGUGGCCAAGAAAAUGAGCACAGUUGUGAGCAGACACAACAAAAGAUUGAAGAGUCUGCUCACGAUUUAUAACAAGUUUUCACCUGUUGAAGGUCAAGAAACCCUGCCUGCAACACUCCAGUUUGCAGAUGUUGCUGACAGGGGCAGCUGGGUAUAUGGUGUGUCCCAGAACAUCAUCAUUAAAAAGAAAAUUUAUUCAGCUAUCUGA